AUGGGCCCGGGGACCUCUCUUAGGCACCUGUUCUUGGUGCUGCAACUGGUGAUGCUCCCGGCUGGCACUCAGGGAAAAGCAGUGGUGCUGGGUAAGGCAGGAGGCCAGGCAGAGCUGCCCUGCCAGGCUUCCCAGAAGAAGAACAUGGUCUUCAGCUGGAAAGAUUCUUCCCAGUCCAAGAUUCUGGGGAGUCAUAACUCCUUCUUGCACAAAGGUAACACUGAACUGAGCCAUCGAGUGGAAUCCAAAAGAAACCUGUGGGACCAAGGAUCCUUUCCUCUGAUCAUCAAGAACCUCCAAGUAACUGACUCGGGGACUUAUACCUGUGAAGUGGAUAGCAAGAAGCUCGAGGUGGAACUGCAGGUGUUCGGACUGACUGCCAGCUCGGACACCCGCGUGCUGCUGGGACAGAGCCUGACCUUGACUUUGGAGAGUCCCUCUGGGAGCAACCCUUCUGUGCAGUGGAAGGGUCCAGGGAAUAAUAGGAAGGGAGAACUCAAGAGCCUGUCACUGGCCCAGGUGGGGCUGCAGGACAGUGGUACCUGGACGUGCACUAUCUCCCAGAGCCAGCAGACACUGGACAUCAAAAUACCCAUCGUGGUGCUGGCCUUCCAGAAGGCCCCCGAAACAGUCUAUGUGAAGGAGGGGGAGCAGGCGGAGUUUUCCUUCCCACUCACCUUCGAGGAUGAAAAUCUGAGUGGGGAGCUGACUUGGCAGCAGGCGAACAAGGAUUCUUCUUCCCAAUCCUGGGUCACCUUCACCCUGAGGAACAGAGAGGUGAAGGUGAACAAGACUCACAAGGAUCUCAAGCUCCUUGUGGGGGAGAGGCUACCGCUGCGUCUCACUCUGCUGCGGACUUUGCCUCAGUACGCGGGUUCUGGAACCCUGACCCUGGAUCUCACCAAGGGGAAGUUGCAUCAGAAAGUGAACCUCGUGGUGAUGAGAGUGACUAAGUCCCCAAAUAGUCUGACCUGUGAGGUGCUGGGGCCCAGCCCCCCAAGGCUGACCCUGAACUUGAAGCUGGGGAACCAGAGUAUGAAGAGCUCAAAUCAGCCAAAGUUGGUGACAGAGCCGGAACCCAAGGCUGGGAUGUGGCAGUGUCUGCUGAGUGACCAGGGCAAAGUCCUGCUGGAAUCCAAGAUCGAGGUCUUGCCGUCAGAGUUCAUCCAGGCCUGGCCGAAGCUCCUGCCCAUGGUGUUGGGGGGAAUCGCAGGCCUAGCGCUUUUCACUGGCUCCUGCAUCUUCUGUGUUAAAUGCUGGCACCGCAGGCGCCAGGCAGAACGGAUGUCUCAAAUCAAGAGGCUCCUCAGUGAGAAGAAGACCUGCCAGUGCCCCCACCGGCUCCAGAAGACCUACAGUCUCACCUGAGGCAAUGACCAGGAGGAGUUUCUCACCUGCAACCUCCCCACCAGGCUCUGCCACCCCCCAACCCUACCUCCGCUGCAUCUCCUAUUGGGCCCCUGGGCCUGGGGACCAGAUGAAUGUAGCUGGGGCCUGUGGCCACCUCCCGCCCUUCUGGUC